AUGCAGCGGCCCGGGGAACCGGGAGCUGCGCGCUUCGGGCCGCCCGAGGGCUGCGUCGACCACAGGCCGCACCGCUACCGCAGCUUCAUGAUAGAGGAGAUCCUCACUGAGCCACCGGGGCCCAAGGGCGCCGCACCCGCCGCCGCUGCCGCCGCCGCGGGCGAGCUUCUCAAGUUCGGCGUCCAGGCGCUACUGGCCGCGCGGCCCUUCCACAGCCACCUGGCGGUGUUGAAGGCCGAGCAAGCGGCGGUGUUUAAGUUCCCGCUGGCGCCACUUGGCUGUUCCGGGCUGGGCUCCGCGCUGCUGGCCGCUGGGCCUGGGCUACCCAGCGUUGCAGGCGCACCGCACCUGCCUCUGGAGCUGCAGCUCCGUGGGAAGCUAGAGGCACCGGGCACGGGGGAGCCAGGCACCAAAGCCAAGAAGGGGCGUCGGAGCCGCACCGUGUUCACCGAGCUGCAGCUGAUGGGCCUAGAGAAACGCUUCGAGAAGCAGAAGUACCUCUCCACCCCGGACAGAAUAGAUCUCGCCGAGUCGCUGGGCCUGAGCCAGUUGCAGGUGAAGACUUGGUACCAGAAUCGGAGGAUGAAGUGGAAGAAAAUAGUGUUGCAAGGCGGUGGUCUGGAGUCCCCUACCAAGCCCAAAGGGCGGCCCAAGAAGAACUCCAUCCCCACCAGUGAGCAGCUCACUGAGCAGGAACGAGCCAAGGAGGCUGAGAAGCCGGCGGAGCCGCUGGGGGAGGCCAGUGACAAGGGCCGCGAGGACUGAGUGUGCAGUCCCGGGACCCCCUGCGCCAC